CAUCGGCACGUGGUGGCCGAUUCCCUCCAGUUAAUUAAAUCUCUCUCUCUCUCUCUCUCUCGGCCUGCGACUUUCCAGUAAAACCGUAGAGGCCCAAAUCCCAGCUGUUGCUAGCUGUUUCUAAUCCACUCCCCAUGUGCCCUACCAUCUCCCCCUCCACCUCCGAUACCUCUGGGCCUUAAAAAUUUAGCCAUCUAACCUCAUACUGUGCUUGCUUCUCUAGCUAGAUACUAUUUUACACUCCUAUAACAACCCCCUCCCCAUCACUUGCUGGACGGAGUGUUUAUAGGAGGAGGACAUUAUCCCCAAGAUCUUGUCAUUACAUUUCGGGAUUGGUUAGUUGUGUUCGGUAAGUUGUAACUUGCCUGUCCUAACCAAAUAUUUCUAUUUUUGCAUCAGCUUACAACCAGACGAGAUGAAUAUCACUUGCUUGGCGUAACGAUUCCUUUAGAUAGAGAGCGUUUUAUCAGCAGCCCAAGAUUUUCUGAUAUCACACGAGGUUUGAUAUACAAGGAAGAUUAAGAUUAUGGCUCAAUUGCCACCCAAAAUUCCUGCUGUCACCCAAAAUUGGCCUUCCUUUUCUCACCAAACAAUGUCCAAUUAUUUCUCAAACGCUGCCGCCACCAUGGAGAACCAUCAACCCUGUUGGGUUGAUGAGUUCUUGGACUUCACGUCCACCAGACGCGGGUCCCACCGCCGGUCUAUUAGCGACUGCAUCACUUUCAUCGAGACGACCAACAUGCCCUCCUUGGUGGAAGAUCAAUGCCACGACAACAACAACAGCAGCAGCUGCAAUAAUAACCAUUCCUCUUCCAAUGCCUUGAUUUCCGCUAAUCUUGGGUUCGACAAGUUGGAUGAUGACCAGCUCAUGUCCAUGUUUUCCCAUGACAUGUCCUUGUCUUUGCCACCAUCCUCCUCCAACCCCUCCACCCCGUCCGACCAAAAUAGCAAAAACGAUGAGAAACCAUCAAAGCCAACAGAUCAACAUCACCAUCAAGAAGAAGGAAAUACCGAGCAGCAACAAGCAGCGGUGGCCAAGACCGAGCCAGGAGAGGUGGAGAGUUCAUGCAAGCAAGAACCACACCAGCCUCCUCUUCCCACAUCUUCAAAUAAUGGUGAUACCAUCAAUGACCCGAAGAGGGUGAAAAGCAGAAUUUUGGCAAAUCGGCAAUCUGCACAAAGGUCAAGAGUGAGGAAAUUGCAAUACAUUUCAGAGCUUGAACGUAGCGUGACAACAUUACAGACGGAAGUAUCAGCAUUGUCGCCAAGAGUUGCAUUUUUAGACCAUCAACGGCUGAUUCUCAACGUUGAUAAUAGUGCCCUCAAGCAACGGAUUGCCGCUUUGGCUCAAGACAAGAUUUUCAAAGAUGCCCAUCAAGAGGCAUUGAAGAAGGAAAUAGAGAGACUCAGGCAGGUCUAUCACCACCAAAAUCUCAAGAAGAUGAACAGCAGCGGCCAUGCAGCAGAAGCAGCAAGAGAGCAAUCGCCAAACCACGAAGCAAUUCAGUGUUCGGAAAAUUAAGCAAAGCUUUAAAGUUCUAACAUGAAUUGAUUAAAAAGUAAAAAGAAGAAAAGAAAAGAAGAAGAGGUAGUGACUAGUAACGAGAGGCUGUGGGGGCACUUCUGGUGCUAACAUGGGCUUUCACGUGAUGUGUCUCUAUAUGGUAGGACCCCUGACAAGCUUGUAUGGAUGGAACUAGUCAAGGAAACGUGGACUGCUAGUAUAGGGCGGUGACGAAUUUCUAUUUUAAUUAAUUUCAAAAGUGGGUUUUGAUUUCUCUUUAAUUUGCUUAUAUGCUUAAAAAAUGACUUGAAUUCUUUUAUUUUUCUUUUUUUUUGUGCGACUAGAACUAGAUAUUGGGAGUGGGGUUUUGUGUUGGGAUACACGAAAAGGAAAAGUUGUCAGGGAGGAGCAGAGGUUAAUGCUUUCAUUGUAUUGUUUUGUUUUUUUUUGUGUCUUUUGUUUCUUUUAAUUUUUUUUCUAUGAAAAUGUAGAAAUGAUUUCGGAUCCA